AAAAAAAAAAAAAAAAAAAAAAAAAAAAAAAAAAAAAAUAGGAAGAAUACGAUCGUUACCAGGUAGGUAUAUAUAUGAAAGGGCGGUGAAGGAUGAUGGAAGUAGCUCGACCAAACAAUGUUAGAAGACAUGACCUGAAUACGCUAUUGAAUCUUCUUUACGACCACCCUCUAUGUCUACAUCCACGAGAUCUGACUUUUCGGCUAUUGUGUCCGAUGAUGGAAGUACGUCUCACGCUCUACAUCCGUCGUAUUGCUUGGACGCGUAUCUACUGAGCCCACCUACGUCUGCGACUGAACGGAUUGUUGCCAACCAGACGAAAGCAAUUAGGGCAGCCCGUGCCGAGAUGAAAGCUGCACUUCGGUCAUGGGAAUACGAUUUCGAUAAGUUACAGGAUUCAGGGGUUAUAGAGCAAGGAGAGAGGGCGAGUAAAGUGCAUAUACGUUCUUCAACUCAAAAAUAGAGGAUUGGCUAUGAUGAAUUACAUCCCAAUGGAUUUUAUAAAUGUUGAAUCUAGACGGUUUCAAUUAAAAGCUUAAAGAAAAGAUAAAUAUCCACUCUAUAGUGGGGAAUAUGCCCAACUUACAACCUUGGAAGUUACUUGUAACCAUGUAACUACCUAGGUAGGUACCUAAGGUAGGUACUAAGAGGAGCUACCUGACCUUAGCUUUCCAGAAGAAAAUCUAGGAC